GGUCAAGGAAGGGGGAUUCCGAUCAAGCUGGUGGGGACAGAAGGUUGGAUCCUGUUAACUUCCUUCGAAGCCGUUACUGGGAAGGAUGUCUGUCUGGAUUCCCUCCUCCUGGUCUCAAGUGGGGUGAGACUGGUGGAUCCCAACCAGAUCUUCCUAUCCUCAGGGAACCAAAAGAGAGACUCACCAGCCAGAUCAGACGUGACUCCAGGGCAAACUGGGAUGCAAGGUGGGAGAAACUGGCCACUGUUCCCGUGCCAUAUUGGGACGGGUGCUCCUCCUGGCUUCCCAUUAGACACAGCCUACCCAGCCAUCCUGCCCUAUCAAGCUGCCCUCGCAUUCCUGGAGGUGGAACCCCAACCAUCGACAGAUUGAAGAAGCUCCGGGGUAGCACACUAGAGUUUGAACCAUGGUGGAGCACUCGGCCUCCACGCCGUACGUCUCGGUGAUGGACCAGUACGGGUACCAGAUUGGCAAGGUGAUAGGGCACGGCUCCUACGGCACUGUCUACGAGGCCUACUUUGCCAAGCAGAAGACGAUGGUGGCCAUCAAGAUAAUCUCCAAGAAGAAGGCCUCAGAUGAUUAUCUCACUAAAUUCCUGCCGCGGGAAAUACAGGUGAUGAAAACUCUGCGGCACAAAUACCUGAUCAGCUUCUACCAGGCCAUCGAGACCACCUCCCGCCACUACAUCAUCAUGGAACUGGCCCCCUCCGGUGACGUCCUGGAGUGGAUCCAGAAGUCGGGCGCUUGCUCCGAGGCCCUGGCUGGCAAGUGGUUCUCCCAGCUGGCUUUGGGGAUCGCCUAUCUGCACGGCAAGGCGAUUGUGCACCGAGACCUGAAGCUGGAGAACCUGCUGCUUGACAAGCGCGAGAACCUCAAGAUCUCCGAUUUCGGGUUCUCAAAGAUGGUGUCCCCCCAGACCCAGCCUCCGCCGACCCCCUCCUACCGCAUGAUGAGCUGCUUCUCCCACCUGAGCCAGACCUACUGCGGCAGCUUUGCCUACGCCUGCCCGGAGAUCUUGCUGGGCCUGCCCUACAACCCUUUCCUCUCCGACACCUGGAGCAUGGGCGUCAUCUUGUACACCCUGAUGGUGGCCCAUUUGCCCUUCGACGACACCAACCUCAAGAAGCUACUCCGGGAGACCCAGAAGGAGGUGGCCUUUCCUAGCCAUCUCCAGAUCAGUGACGAUGUCAAGGAUCUGGUGCAUCAUAUCCUGCGCCCAGCCUCCAAGCGAUUGAACAUCCUGGAAAUCCUGAAAGUCUCUUGGGUGCUGAAGUUCCUCGCCGAGAAGCCCACCACGGAGAUCAAGGCUUUGGAGGCCAUCUGCGGCCCCCGGACAGCUGAGGGGAAGCCCGGCACCCCAAGUGCAAAGUCUCGCUCCCUCACUUUCUCACCCGAUAAAAAGAAGGCAGCCAGCCGCACUCACAGCACCGGCCAGAUUAAGGGCACCCCCAAGAACUCAGAGAAAACCAGCUGAGGGGGUACAUUAAAAAUGAGAGACUCCGUAAGACAA